AUGCCACAGGGCCGUGCACGUCUCUUUGUGGGACAACUUAACUUUGAAGCCACUGAAGAGGACGUAUGUGCCCUCUUUGACUUCUACGGUAAUGUGCUUCACGUGAAUAUACUUCGAGAUAAGACGAGUAACCGCAGUAAGGGUAGUGCGUUUGUGGAGUACGGCUCAACAGAAGAGGCGGACUGUGCGAUAAUGGCUCUACACAACCGCUACAACAUGGAAAGGGAUAAACCACUACAAGUAUCAUACUGUGGGAAGUCGGAUGUCAUUUCUGAUUUUGGCCGUGAGCAUGCGAUGCAGCUACACCGUGAGAAUGAUGUUAAUCCACCUCCUCCUCCUCCACCUGCGCGAACAACACACUAA